UUACGCGCAACAAAAUGUGUAAUAUGUUGAAGAUAAAGUUAACAACAUUAUCUAAAUCAUUUUUAUAUAAACAGAAAUAAAUCAGUUAGUUAUUAUGAUUUCUCUCAGUCAUUUAACGUUUGCAAGGGAAAGAGGUUGUAUUGUGAAAGAUGAAGAAAAUAUAUGUUGCUGCUGUAGCAGGAAAUCUGGGUAUGCUGACAGUCGGCCAAUAUUUUGGUUGGACUUCGCCAUCUUUGCCUAAAUUGAUGCAAGGAAAAGAUGAAACAUAUCCUGUGCAUUUGGAUUCAGAGGAAGCUUCUUGGGUGGCAUCUUUACUUAUGUUUGGUACAUUGGCUGGUGUUAUUAGUUGUGCAUUUAUAGUGAAUAUUAUUGGUAGAAAAAACAUCAUGUUAUUCGCUGCUGCGCCUUCAAUUAUUAGUUGGAUGAUGAUUGUCCUUGCAACAUCAGCGUGGGAACUUUAUAUAUCAAGAUUUUUGGCCGGAUUUAGUACAGGCCUCACUUUUAUGGCUACACCCAUUUACAUUGGUGAAAUUUCACCUGCAGACAUUCGUGGUAAUUUGGCAUCUAUGCUUACAGUCGUUUCAAAAAUUGGUACCACACUCGAAUACAUGAUAGGUCCAUUUCUAUCAGUGAGAAAUCUUGCUUUAGUGUCCUUAACAGGACCUUGCUUGUUUUUCGUGACUUUUAUUUGGAUACCGGAAUCUCCGUAUCACUUGAUGCGUCGCAACGCCAGAGAGAAAGCCAUAGAUUCUCUCGUUCAAUUAAGAGACAAAAACGAUGUUCAUAAAGAGGCAGAUGAGAUCGAACAGUCUGUAAAAGUUGAUUUGGCAAACGAUACUGGUUUUCGCGAACUCUUAUGUGUAUCCGGAAAUUGCAAAUCUCUAAUAAUACUGAUAAUGUUAGGAGCUAUUCAUCAAAUGAGUGGCGUUCAGGCCGUGGAGCAAUACGCUGAAUUAAUUUUUGACCAAGCAAAUAGUAAUUUGGAGGGCAAAUAUUUAACCAUGAUACUGGGCGCUGUACAAGUGCUCUGCACAAUCGUCUGUAUGUUCAUCAAUGAUCGUAUCGGCAGGAAAUUGCUGCUUAUGAUCUCUACAAUCGGUUCAGCCUGUUCGACCGCUAUGGUUGCGAUAUAUUUUCAUUUGCAACAUAAUAAUGUGAACACUAGCAAUCUAACAUGGUUGCCUGUUGUUGGAAAUCUGGGUAUGCUGACAGUCGGCCAAUAUUUUGGUUGGACUUCGCCAUCUUUGCCUAAAUUGAUGCAAGGAAAAGAUGAAACAUAUCCUGUGCAUUUGGAUUCAGAGGAAGCUUCUUGGGUGGCAUCUUUACUUAUGAUUGGUAUACUGUUUGGUUCUAUUGGUUGUGCAUAUAUAGUGAAUAUUAUUGGUAGAAAAAACACCAUGUUAUUCGCUGCUGCGCCUUCAAUUAUUAGUUGGAUGAUGAUUGUCUUCGCAACAUCAGCGUGGGAACUUUAUAUAUCCAGAUUUUUGGCCGGAUUUAGUACAGGCUUCACUUAUACGGUCACGCCAUUGUACAUUGGCGAAAUUUCACCUGCACACAUUCGUGGUAAUUUGGCAUCCAUGCUUACAGUUAUUUCAAAAAUUGGUACCACACUCGAAUACGUGAUAGGUCCAUUCCUAUCAGUGAGAAAUCUUGCUUUAGUGUCCUUGGCAGGACCUUGCUUGUUUUUCGUGACUUUUAUUUGGGUACCGGAAUCUCCGUAUCACUUGAUGCGUCGCAACGCCAGAGAGAAGGCCAUAGAUUCUCUCGUUCAAUUAAGAGGCAAAAACGAUGUUUAUAAAGAGGCAGCUGAUAUCGAACAGUCUGUAAAAGUUGAUUUGGCAAACGAUACUGGUUUUCGCGAACUCUUAUGUGUAUCCGGAAAUCGCAAAGCCCUAAUAAUACUGAUAAUGCUACUGGCUAUUCAUCAAAUGAGCGGCGUUCAGGCCGUGGAACAAUACGCUGAAUUAAUUUUUGACCAAGCAAAUAGUAAUUUGGAGGGCAAAUAUUUAACCAUGAUACUGGGCGCUGUACAAGUGUUCUGCACAAUCGUCUGUAUGUUCAUCAAUGAUCGUAUCGGCAGGAAAUUGUUGCUUAUGAUCUCUACAAUCGGUUCAGCCUGUUCGACCGCUAUGGUCGCGAUAUAUUUUCAUUUGCAACAUGAUAAUGUGAAUACCAGCAAUCUAACAUGGUUGCCUGUUGCUGGUGUAAUCACGUAUGUAGUCAUGUUUGCUUUAGGCUUAGCCGCGUUACCGGUUGCCUUGAUUGGUGAAUUAUUUCCCACAAACGUAAAGGCUCUCGGCAGCAUGGUGACUAUGAACUCAGCCGGUGUCUUUUCCUUUGCUGUGACAAAAUUAUAUCUAGUCAUAGCUGCGAAUAAUGGCAUACAUGUGCCAUUCUGGAUAUUCACAGCGUGCAGUCUUACUGGUGCUCUAUUCAUACUUCUGUACGUACCUGAAACCAAAGGCAAGACUUUAAAACAGAUACAAGAGAUGCUGCAUAGUUCGUCGAAGCAGUGAUGAGUGUCGAUAGCAUAUUUUUAUGUUGACUUUCUUUCGAUCAGUUAGUCAAAUAUUUACAAUUGAACAACAAUCACUGUUGAAGUCUCCUUUACAACUGUCUCGAAUUAUUUUACAAACACAAUAUUUUUAAAUGAUCUGUAUUGUUGAGGCUGUAGUAGGCUAAUCUUGUACUGCUUCUGUGAAAAUUUGGAAAUAAACUGUAAACAAUUUUUUAUGCAUAAA